AUGUUUGCCCGUCUUCGCAGGCGCUUUGGGAGAGUUGAUGUUGAUGCAGAAGAGUCUAGAGUGAAGCAAACGAAACCUAAGGGUAAUGAUGGACACAGGACGUGGCCAUGGGGAAUGUGGAAGGCCUGCAGACAGACGUCAUCCCCUGAAAAUGUCCUAAACAAGGUGCAGGCCAACGAGGAAGAGGAGAGGCUGAAUAGAGAACUGGAGCUAACUACCAAGGAGAGAAAUGAGCUGACAGAUCGCCUCCUUUAUGUGACAGGUGGAUCCAUGAGCAAGAGUCCCUACUUCAGGCCAAAUCCAUUUUAUGAAAAAUUGAAGAUAAAGGAGAACGAGGUCAUGUCAUUACUGCACAACUUAGACAUAAUGAACAUUGAACAUCGUGAGAAAUUUCAGGAGCUCAAGAAGGAGAUUAACUUCUAUCGCAACCUGCACAGCCGGCUCCUGAUGGACCAGGCAUGUAUGAAGAAGAAGUUGGUCACAUUGAAGCAGGAGAGCAAGGAGUUACAGCGAUAUUUGUUUGAGUUGAACCCGAAUGAUGAAGACGAACAGGAGAAGACCAGCAACCUCCAGACCCAGCAAAAUGUGGUCUCAGAAACUGCAGGAGACAUGGAAUAGGACGGAUCCCAGGAAGACAGCCCCCUGAAGAGUGAGUUUCUCUGUCAGGAGUUCCCUGCUGACGACAAUCCUCAACAGUCAAAGACUUUUUGUGGGUGAAUAUUCUUCUUCUCAGUUAAUUUCCUCAAUGUUUAGAGACCCUAAAUUUAUGUAUCCGUAUGCCAGCCUGUCUCCUUGAGGUCUUUCUCCUCUCUCAUACCGACAACACCAUUUGAGAGACAUCUGAGGGGACUGCCUUGACAUCUCGUGUCCUAGAGGAGAAACAGCACUACAACUGUGUUUCUAAAUGUUCAUUAAGAAAAUGCUGUUAAGAAAUAUUUUUGGUUAUGAUUUUCAUUGAAGUUUUCUUUUUGUUAUUUCAUAGUUAUAUAUUCUUGUUACUGUUUUUCAUUUUUUAUACCAUUUUAGUUGUUCAUUUUAUGCCUGUUUUUUUGUAAAUUGUAUUCCUUAUGAAUAAAAAUUGAUUUGUAACUCUU